UGCAAAUACAUGAACCGCACUAUGCAUUACUUGUUCUUUUCUGUUGGCAAUUGCGACCACGCCGUCGUUCAUAAAGAAAAACAGUAUAUGCAUCCGUACUGGAAAUAUGAGUUCGCCGCGCAAGAAGUCGACGCCGGAACUUGUUCAGGACUUCGAUCUCGACUAUCUCGUGUCCGUCUUUGCAAGCAACGUCUUCACUUCCAAUGCUACCGAUCCUGAAAAGGUUCGCAUUUUUGACGACAUCCAACAGAAGUGCGUGGAACUUUUUAACAAGGACUACAUAGUAAAGGUGAUAGACAACGAUCGUGGGAAGCUGAGCGCCACUUAUCCCAACAAGAUAGUGUCCCUGGCACUUCCGGCUGAUAACAGCAACAGUAAUGAUGGCGACGGGAAUGGCCAUCAACGCCGCACUCACAAACUUCGGAUGCACAUGCAGAAGUCACGAGUGGCCAGGGCACGCACACGCUUUGUCGUUCCCGUCAUAUUAUACGACGGAAAGCAUAUAUGCAGGUCUGCAACGCUUUCUGGAGGAAUUGAGAUCUAUACACGAACACUGGCGGAUUAUCUCUGUGGUCCUUCACGCUGCCGAUUUUCACAAUUUUGCGCUUCCUUGGGCCUAGCUGAAUGCCCGACGGACAGCAGCAGUGAAGCUACUCAGGAGCUAAUCCCCGAAUCUCCAGAGUACAUAGGCAACUACACUAUCUGCGCAGACGAGCCCGACAACUCUAGUCUUCCAUCGACCCCCAGGGACCGAGAGGAAUACGAAGACAUCUCUCAAGGAGCAGAAAGCACCUCGCCACUGCCUCAAGACGAUGCUUCACUGCACGCCGAACUGCGUAAGGAAGACAUAGAGCUCCUCAGGCUCCUGUCAGUGCGCCGGAUUUGCGACUUGAUGGUCGAAGGCAAAAAGGAAAAAUUCUGUUUAAAGAUGACAUCCUCGGAGAAAGUUGACAGGUUCGGGAGAUACCGCGACUUUACCAUUUUUAAGCUUCCUUACCCAGGUUGCGAGUUCUUCGAAAAGUACGUAAAGCAGCACUACAAUCCAGAAGGCCUUUACUUCGACUGGACACAGCAUUUUGUAGACGUCGAGCUGGAAGUUCCUGAAACCAGUAGCCCUUCGGAGCUGAACAUUGACUGGAAGGAUUACAAGCAUUGGGACCUGGUAGAGCUCACCAAAAAUUACCUUAAGUUCCUACUAAAAGUCAUUAUCGAUGGUGACUCCAGCCUUUUGGUCCACUGUAUCUCCGGCUGGGACCGCACAGCGCUGUUCAUCUCAAUGCUGCGUUUAUCCCUAUGGGCCGACAACGAGAUCCACCAGAACCUGUCGCCAUUGGAGAUGGCCUACCUAACGGCCGCGUACGACUGGUUCCUCUUCAGUCAUAAUUUACCCAACCGGGUACAAAAGAGCGAAGAGAUAUUCUUCUUCUGCUUCAACAUGCUGAAGUAUAUCAGCACGGAAGAGUUCUCAACGCUAAGCCUGUAA